CUCCCCGUGAUUGUUGUGACCGGGUAGCCCAGAAGACUGGGUAUUAUUUAUUGUACAGAACUGGGUUUCCUGUGGUUGGUCACCGUUUUCCAAUAUGGCGGAUCCAGAGGAGCUUCGAGUGAUGAGGCUUGAGUUUGAUUGGCUCCUGAGUGAUCACGUCCCUAAAGUUUUAACACAUAUGGAUUGUGUUCUUCAGGAAUGUCUCAAAUGGCUGCAGUUUUCAAGUUUAUCUAAAAACUCACAAGGUGAUCAGUCCAAGCCACAAGACUACUUCAUGUUGUCAACACCAAGCACAGAUUUUCUAAAAGGUUAUGUUGCAGUUGAAGGAGAGGAUAUUUCAAAAGCAGAUCUGAAAUUCAAACUUCCAAAAGUUUCAAGCAGUGGAUUUAGAGUAUUUAUCAGAGAUGACAUGCCAUGGAAGCUAAAGCAGAUUCAAGAUGCCAUUAACUAUUUGAAACUUGCUGCUGAGAAAGUUGAAGAAAUGCGAACUCAGAGUUCACCAUCUUCUGGUGUGGAGGUCACCAAGAUGGUUGAUGAUAUUGCUAGCUGUCUUACAAAGGGCAAAAACAGAUUGAUGGUCCCAGAGAAAAGGACUAUUCUUGACAUCCUAAACUCCAGUAACCAGAAAGUCUUCAAGCCUAGCUUAGCAGAUGAAGUAGUGGCAAAUUUCUACAUCAACUGUGACAAGAUUGUUUUAUCAGUGCAUACUAUGGUAGUGCUGCCCAUUCCUCCUCAGAACCCAAAGCAUUCUCCAGAAGGGGAUGGCAUCGGAUACACUUUUGAACAUAAUUCUAAGUGGAUGGAAAUCACAAGCCAUUUUGAUGUGGAGUGUAGUAUACCAAGACUGAAGGACAGCAUGCUACUCUUUACGGCUGCACUACAACUCUGCCAACAACUCAAAGACAAGAUUGUUACCUUCAGCGCCCUGGACUCAAGAUAGCACAAUGCCAGUUGUACUGGCUACUAACUCCCACAUUUGAGCUUGCCUCUGCAUACUGAUCCCGUGCUUGCCUCUAGCUACUUGCAGUCUUUUGCUUAGUAGUGGUAAUGUAUUUUGGCGCUAGCAUGUCAACCAUAUGCGAUACCAUGGCCGAGAGGUCAUACUCGUGGUUCCACCCCCAGUCCUGUCGAGCUUUGCUGUCAUCCAGGGAAUUUGGCCAACUAUCCGCUGCAAGAUCAAGCCAUUUAUCAAAUUCACUGUUACUCAAAAAAUGAAUGUAACAACUUAUAAAUUACCAGCAAACUGUACAUAUGACAACUUCACAUUGUAAUUAUUUACUUUUAUUUACUUUUAUCAUUGUAAUCAUUUAUUAGUAUUAAACAUUUAAUAUAAAGCUCCAGAGCCUAAGGAAAGACCAUUAGGAUAGUUAUGGGGACACCCCAAUAACAUCUAGUACACAAAAACCUCUACUGUUUAUUCCUUUCCACAUAAUCUUUAGACAAUUCCCAUAUCCAUCGCCUUUCAUAAAGAUUCACUAUUUUACACUUACCAAUUGACUGGCGCUGGUCUGGCUCAUAUGUCACGUCCAACUGAGGGAGAAAUCUCUGCAACUCCUCUGUUAAUUCUGCAGGAGUGAAGUUAACAGCUCCCAAGUUGUAGGUUCUUUGCGACAGACACUCUGAUGGUGCUUCUAGCAACUCCACUGUUGCACGGAGGCAGUCUGGGAUGUAGAUCAUUGGCAUGCGGGUGUCUGGGCGGAGGUAACAUCUGUAUUUGCCAGUCUGCAACCCCUCAUGAAAGAUAUGGAUGGCAUAGUCUGUUGUCCCCCCUCCAGGCAUGCUGUCCCCUGAUAUGACGCCAGGAAACCUUGCUGAUCGGAAAUCCAGUCCAUAUCGAUGGUGAUAAUACUGAGAAAAAAAUGGUUGAAAAUAUUGAUAUCGGCAAACUUAUGAUUUAGACUAUGAAAAAAUGGUGGGAAUUUUGCAGAUGUUUUUAUUAUACAAUUGUUUUGUUUAUUUAAAAGAAUGUUAAAUAGCUAGUUGUUUUUCUUACACAUCAAAUUUCAAAAUAUCACUAAACCCUUAAAACUUGUAGAUAAAAAGGGCAUCAGCUCUAUUUUUACUAUAAAUGACACCGCCCAAGGACCACGGAGCAUGUUUAAGAGGGUGGGCCGACAACUUAAAAAAAUGUAAUGUUGAAAAGUGAAAAAGGAAUAAAUCAUACUAUUUGACUUGUUUCUGUUGCAAAAA